AGUGACUGCGGACUUCCCCAAAGUUCACUUUUUGGAGUUCAGCUGCAAUGCAACUUUAGGUUUUGGCCACGCAGCCGACAAUGAUGACAGGGUAUCGCCUACUUUAUUUUUAAGUAAAAAUAAAAAUAAAAAUGCAUAUGUUAGCAGGUUUGUUAAAUAAGAAAAAUUGGCACCGAGAAAUGGACUGGCGGUGGACUGUUUUUACCCUGAUCCUAAACUUUCACUUCACCUACGGGUCCCCGUCUUAUUAUGACUUAUUCCACGGGUCUGCGCACACCGGAGAGGUCCACAGACACAGAAAUAGGAACUGGUGCGCCUAUGUGGUGCAGAGGAACGUGAGCUGCGUGGUGCAGGGGAAUGGGGCGAGCUUCCAGGAGCCUGUGGUGGCCCCCUGCCCGGCCUACCAGCCCGAUUGCCAGCAACAAGUGACAUACCAAACACGGUUUAGACCCACGUACAAGAUUGCCUUCAGAACAGUUACUCAGUUAGAGUGGAAAUGCUGUCCUGAGUACCGAGGUCCAAACUGUAAGGAUUUAAAGCCACCCACAGAUCGGCAAACGGUGCAGGGAGCAUCGUCUUACCUCCACCCAAAUCCUGGAUACUCACCCAGACACACACAGAGGGCUGAGAGGAGGGAGACUCCACAUUAUGAGACUCAACAUGGCGUCACGGAUAAGGUGCGUUUUCUCGAACGUGAAGUUCAGCGUCUGUCCCAGACGGUCUUGGAUCUUCAAUCCACUCUAACAGGAUUAGCCGCCAACCUCCGCACAGACCUUCAGGAUGACACAAAAAAGAUGCUGGAGACACUCCUGAACAACAUGCGUCCUCCGGAAACUAGCAGCAAUGCAGAGGAAACUCCAGUGGUGAUAGAUGGGCAUCAGGCGACCAGGGGAGGGAUUGGUGGAGAGAAAACCCUUGAGAAAAUUGAAGCUCGCUUAGAUGAUAUUGACAAUGCUCUACGAAACAAGGAUGAAGCUUUGGAAGAUCUAAGGGGAAUCACAUUAAGUCACGAGGGACAGAUACGUGUCUUAAUGGAUGCCUCUCAGUCUCAGACUACAGCCAUAGUUGAUUUUGAAGGCAUACAAACCUAUGUUGAUGGAAAAAUUGAAAAACUGAUGAAGGAGCUAGAUGAGAAUGUGGAGGAACAAAUGGUCAAGUUACAGAACCUUUGUGAUGACAAGAUCUCGGCGGUGCAAAAGACUUGUGAAGACAGCCACGACCAAGUUGGUGUCAAGUUGAGCAAGCUUCUGGAGAGCAAAGAGGCUGACCUGAGAAAAGAGAUCCGAACAAUACGUUUGAACAUGGCUGCCUCGGAUGGACCUGUGCAGACUUCAAGACAGACAGGACCAUCUGAACAGAAGGACAACAAUGACCAUAAAGACAUAUGGCGCGAAAUUGAUCGCAUAGCAGAGGCUCAUCGAAUCCUUAACGUCCGUUUUGACAACGAACUAGGCCACUUAUCUUCCCUUCAGGAAAUUGGUGAUUUAGGUGUACUAAUUCAAGAGCUGGAGGCUCGUGUGAAUAUUACUGAACAAAAUGCAGAAACUCAUUGUUUCUACAUUGAAGAUAAGCUAACACGGAUAAUUGCAGAUGAAGUGGAAGCACUCCGGCAACUGCUGGAUCAGCGCCUGAUGACGGCUGAGGACCAGUUCACAAACAUCCUGGUGGAAAUGAGCAACAACUCCUUUCCAAGAGUGUCUGGCGACUCAACAGGUGCCCUCGAGACAGAGGUCAACAAUAACAAACUCCUUCUGAAGGGGUUGAAUCAGAAAGUCAAGGCUGUUGAAGACUUGUGCUCUGCUGGAUGUUCGGGCUCUAAAAUUACAACUGAUCAAGGUAGAAUUGCACCCAUGCCCGGCCGUGUAGAAAACAUUGUGACGGACCUGAAUCGUUACAGGAAUGACUUGGAUGUUCUUCACGCAGAUGUUAGUUCCAACACAGAGAAGCUCAAGCAACUGGAGAACCUCUUUAAAAGUCAGCCAAUUGGAAAUGAGAGACAAGUAAAGACCACAGAGGAUUUCCAAAAGGGACUGAUAAAUCUCCAGGAUAAUGUUCUUGCUUUGGCUGGUGCAGUUACCGGUCUAACUGACUCCAUGAGUAAAUCCAACCAGGAUAUCCAACGUAUAAGCUCAACGUGCUGUAAUGCAGAAGUGACUGGCCACGGAAUGCCAUUACAGCCCAACUUAGCUUCUGUUGAUGUUACCAGCCGUCAGAUACAAGAGCUGAAGAACAGACUUGAUACACUUAACACACAGGUAUCUUCUGAACUGAACAAUUGUAGGCAAAAUACUGAUGGGAUCUCAGCUAUAGGUGGACGUGUAAGCCGGCUCGAAAAUAUUUGUGGGAGGUUGGAUGGAGUUUCUGUUAAUAUCAGAGAAUUGAAAAAUGGACUGGAGCAACAUGUUGGGGGCCUGCAGAACUGUGUCCAAAGGAUGAACGCAACUUGUGGAAAUCACGGAGCAGAAAUCACCUCGCUGUCGAAUUCCUUGCGGAAGCUCCAGGCACAGAUGUCCAUGAUAACUAAGCAUGUUUUGAAGGAUGUUGCUGCUAAAGAACCAGGUAAGACGUUUUUUUAAUAGCAUCUCUGGUAU